AGUGCUCCGAUGGCCGCCAAUCCGCCACUCCGACCAUACUUCCGUACCAUUUAGAGGCGCUGCUCAGCAAGCGCCGUUGUGCAGAUGAGAUAGGCCAAGACGAUUGACGUCUUGCAGCAUCGGCUGUCAUUAGGGCCGGCUAACAAACAUCAGGAUAAGUGGCACCUCAUUCUUAUGUAUAUCAUCUCGUAUCCCUUCAUAUCUUUCAUCGAGAUAUUACACAAACGAAAUGCGCGUUGCUGUCCUCAUAUUUGCUGGGGUCAGCCUAGUCCGGGCCUCACAGCCCAUUGCCAAGGUCCUCAAUGGCUCGUAUUCUGGAAUACAUCUUCCCCAAUUUCAACAAGAUCUUUUCCUCGGAAUACCUUAUGCUCAGGAUACUGGAGGUCAGAAUAGAUUUCGGGUUCCGCAAGCACUGAAUGAUACAUGGAAUGAUACCCGGCCUGCCACAAGCUACAGCGAUGCUUGUCCGAGCAUUGAUUCUAGUGACAAACUUUAUGGGAUGAGUGAAAAUUGCCUCAGCAUCAACAUCGUUCGUCCUGCAGAUGUCGCGCACGAUCUUAAGCUGCCUGUCUUACUCUGGAUUCACGGCGGUAGCUACCAAGUAGGCACUUCCGGACUUCCAAACUACAACCUCACCUACAUAGUGCAGCGGUCCGUUGAGAUCGGAAAACCUAUCAUUGGAGCAUCGAUCAAUUACCGCAAAGGCGGUUGGGGUAACAUGUACAGCAUCGAAAUACAAGGCUCUGGCAACACCAACUUAGCACUGCGCGAUAUGAGGAAAGGCCUCGGCUGGAUCUCGGAGAACAUUGGUGCUUUCGGUGGCGAUAAGCACUCUGUCACUAUAUGGGGUGAAAGCUCUGGCUCUUUCGCUGUAGGUCAGUUGUUGAUUAGCUAUGGUGGUAGAACCGAUCAGCUAUUCCAUCGCAGCAUCCAGGAAUCUGGUUCUGCAGCCACCGCGUGGUACAAUGGUACCGACUGGUAUCAGCCGAUCUACGACAACAUCGUCAACCAAGCCAACUGCACAGAUGCAGCCGAUACACUUGCUUGUCUUCGCACUCUUCCAUACGAGGAAAUCUACCCUCUCUUGAACGCAUCAAGACUCGUCGGUGCACCAGGCUGGUAUCCAACCGUAGAUGGCGAUAUCAUCCCAAACUUCCCCACCACCCUGCUCGAGCAAGGUCGAUUCGCUCAGAUACCCCACCUAUACGGCUCAAAUUCAGACGAAGGCACCGACAACGUGAUCCCAGGAAUCGACACCGACGAAGAACUCCGUUACCACCUGCAACACAACACUGGUUUCCAAUUUCCCAACACGACCAUCGACAAAAUUCUCGACCUCUACCCCGAUGACCCUGCAGUGGGCGUCCCAAUCGACACGGGAACAGAACGUUUCACGCAAUACGGCUACCAAUACAAGCGAGCCGCAGCCAUCAUCGGUGAUGUCUUCUACCAUGCCCCUCGAUUGGCCGAUGCUCAAGUCUACGCCACCCACUCUCCCACAUACAUUUACCGAUUCAACACGCGACCCUGGCAAAAUGCAACCGGAAUGUUAGCGGCCGCAUACAAAGGCGUGCAACAUUUCAGUGAAGUGGCUUUCGUCUUUGCGAAUCCUGAUUUUGUGGGCCCGUUUCCAGACUAUCGGGCAUUGAGUGACCAGAUGAGCGCGCAGUGGAUUCAUUUUGCGCAUGCGGGAGAUCCUAAUGGGCGGGGCUUGCCGAAAUGGCCGAGGUAUAAUCAGGAGGAGGACGACGAGGAGAAGAAGAAGGGCUGGAAUUUGGUGUUGCAGAGUAGUAGGCAGGGAGGCAGUUACGUUGAGGAGGAUACGUAUCGAUUGGAAGGGAGGGAAUACUUGAAUCAGUGGGCGAGACGCAGGCAUGUGUGAAAUGAAUUGCAUGUGAUGUUGUUAUUUGUAGAAGAGCUGUAGCUGUCCUCUUGGAAGGCAUUGUAAGACAUUUUGAGCAUCUCUAUGCGCUGAGACUGUCUCUCUUCGACUUCAAUGUUAUACACAUUCCAGGCAAUCUUUCAAAUUGACCCCAUCAGCCUCUUUGCUCGCUCGGUUCAGCUCGGUCCAGUUCAGUCAGUCAGUGUACUGUUGUUCUUGUUGAGGCAUAUCUCAAUUCAGAGCCUCACUCAAAGCCCGCCAACCAGCACUCUCCCACGGUGCCAUAAAAGCUGCUCGCUGCGCAUCACCCACACUCCCCACACCAGCGAAAGCCCGAGCCAGAUCUGCCGCGUGCAUACUUCCAUGCGGCGGCACAGCCUGCGCGGAAGUUUGCAAAGCCAUCUGUGCAGCAUGAUCCUCACCCGUCAAUGCUGCAAGCUGCGACCACGCGUGCGCGUCUUUGGAGUUGAGCAGGAUUGCAGUUUGGACUUCUGUGAGAACGGUCUCGUCUGACCUCUCGGUGCUGGAGAAGAGUCCAGCGAGGGCUUCGAGGAGGGUUUCAAUGCCAGCAAGCUGCUUCUUUGAGGAAAUGCAGUCUUUUGUGCGUAGAGCGCGCAAGUCGUCUCGUACGGCAUUCGCAGUGUCUUCGUCGUUGUCUAGGGCAGCGAUGGCGCCCAACAGGGUGAUGACCCCAAUGUGCUCCGGGUGCUGUUCGGCUGCACUGAAGAGCUGCUUGCGUGCGACAUCUUUCUCCGUCUCUCCUCCUUGAGCCCACAGCACUUGUACAAGCGAGCAAACAAUGUCGGGGUCGUUUCCACUCUCCACAAGAGCUGCUUUGAACAUGCUAACGCUUUCAGACAUGUCUUGGAGGUAGUACUGUGCGAGACCGGCAGUCAGGUGUGCUGAAAGACGCAGCUUUCGUCUCGCUUCUGCAUCGAGACCGCUACUAUCGGCAUCGGAAGAGAGGUCAAGUGCUGUUGCUGCGUUCUCUGCUGCAGCUGAGAAGUCUGCGGUUGCGAGUUGGUUUCGCGAUAGAUCGGAUUUGGCGAGUGCGUAUUGCGCCAACGCUGACAGUGACUCGCUGGCUUCAUAGUCUGCUUCAGCAGUCUCACUGAGUUCUGUUAGGGUUUCAAUGGCCGCGGUGUGAUUACCGACUCGCUCCAGGAACAGCGCUGCGAGAUGUCGGUAUGGCAGAUCUUUGGGAACCUGCGUUCGAAGCUGCUCGAGCGCAAAUAUAGGUUGUAUGAGCUUCGUGAGAUCAUUCGAAGCAGUCUCUGUUGAGAGGAGGUAGUCGAAGCUGGAAGUGGCAUAUUGUCGCUUACUGAUGAGUGAGGCCGAAUCAGAUAUCUCAAAAGCGUGCGUAAAGUGGUUCAACGCCUCUUUGGUGUCGCCUGUCAUGAGAGCAAUGAUACCUUCGCCUACCCAAGCAUGCGCAUACUCCGGGUCGGUGCUCUGCGCACGCCCGAAGGACUGAUGGGCAAGUUCAACGUCGUUCUGCAGCAGGUAGAGGACGCCCAAGUUGGCCCAGACUUUGGCAUUCAGCUCGUUGAGAUGCAGUGAGCGUACGAAGGAGUGCUGUGCGACCUUAGGGUUGAGAGUUGUGGUGACCACACCGAGUGCAUUCCAGAGCUCAGGACUUCCAGCUUCGAGUUCGAUAGCCCGUUUGAAACAUCGCACGGCUGUGGUCAGAUGGCGUCUGCCAGCCUUUGCUGUGCUGCUAGCGUGAGCUCGCUGCUCAGCCCAGCCUAGGUUGUACCACGCUACUGCCUGGGCGUGAAGAUCGUGCGCGGCCGAGUGAAUCGCCCUCUUGUAUGCCAGGAUUGCGGCGACUGAUGGUUCUGGGAGUGAGGCAGAAGCGGUCCCGUUCGCGCUAUCAGUGUCGAGCGCGGCCAGAGAUAUAAAGUCGACAUCCGCGAGGAGUUCGUACAUACUCUGCUCGGCGGAGAGACUGAGUAGAUCCUGAACCUGGUCAGACGGGAAAUUUUCGAUCUUGCUCUGCGCCCACGAAAAUACUGAGCAUGCAUCACCAACUGCCUUCCACAGGUUGAAAGCAUGAGGCGUGUCUUUGGCUACCAGGGCGGCGACUGAGAGUGCACUGAUAGCACACUGCACGGCUUGUCCAUACAGUCCAGUCUCCACACAUCUGGAGGCGUGUUCGACAUAGCAUUGAAGCAACGACAUGAGCACGCCGAAUUCAGAGGGGCGGUCCUCUAGCACGCCUUUCAGACCAGAAACUGCCUCGUCAUACUCGCCCAGCUCUCUGUGCACGUUUGCCAGCAUGUAUCUUGCAAACCACGUCUCGCCACUUAUCUUCAACUUGGCGUUAUCAUGCGGCUGUAGGGCAUACGUAAAGGUUCUCAGUGCCGAGUUGUAUCUGCCUGAGUUGUGAUAGCUCUCGCCGAGCCCAACAUACGAUUGAUAGUCAUCUGGACUGAUUCGCAGAGCAGCAAGAAAGGAAACAAUCGCCUGCUGGUAUUCUUGUUUGUUCAUCUGAACCACCCCAAGCGCAGAGUACGGCCAGCUGAUACCUUUCUUCUUAGAGCCCGGAGGAGGCCGUGCCUUUCCAGAAUCCACUACACGUUGCGCAACGACUUCAACGAUGUCCCAAUCGCCUUGAUCAGCGAAAGACUUUGCCAGGCGUUCCGCGGCCUCGACUUCAGCUGGUGAAAGUUCGAAUGCCUUCUGAAAGCAUUGCCGAGCACGCUUCUUGUCCUUGGCAUAAUCUCCGUAGUAGAUUCCGAGUUUGGUGUAUGCCGGCGCAUAAUUGACAUUGGUCUUGAUGGCGGCCAGGAAGUGACUAUACGCACCAUUGCGAUCUCUGCGGGCAGAUUUGGAUUGAUCAGAUUCCCAUACACAUACGCCUAUGCGAUAUAUGGUCUGCGCCCGCAGAUCUCUUGUCCGGGGAUCAUCAGCUCUGAUUGUCUGAAGAAAGUCGUUGAGCUCUUCCAGCGCUUGUGGAUAAUCGCCGCUCAGUGCCCUACACCAAGCAAGCUCUGUGCCCACACGCACAUUUCCUUUGUCCUCUGCGAGAGCACGUAGAAAGAAAUCAAUGGCGUCCUGAUAGUCUUCGGUCUCCUCGAGAAUCAAUCCUAGGCCGAUGAGUGCUGGUGUAAACUUCGGCUUCCUCUGUAGAAUCUCUUCAAACAGACGCUUCGCUUCGGGAUGGUUACGCGGUGCCUGAUGAUGCACAAGAGAAGUGCCAAGUACGGCAUUGAGAGCGUCUCGCGUAUUCUGAAGGCCGAGGCCUAUUUUACUGCCCUCGACCUGGGCUACUUUGAGCCCAUUCCUUGCAGUCUCUGCUGCACUGGGGUGCUCUUCAAGGUGCAAGUAGUAAUCGCUCACAAGCCUGUGUGCGAAGGGAGAUUGCUCAGCAGCUGUCAAGCCUUCCGUGAACAGGAGCAGUCUAUCUUCAGGACGUAUCUCCUCACUUGGCUCGUCAACCUCGCUCUUUGGAGGCGCUGGAAAGGGUGAGAGUUCACUGCUCAACCAGCCUUGUAAGAUACGAGCGAUUCCACUCUCCUCGAACAACACGACAUAUUCUCGCAGAAUCCCAGCAUCCAGGUCUUUGAGGUCAUCCAUAUCCCUGGAUUCCAGUACAAGGUCCCACGCUAGGCGGAAAGGGUGGUGGAUGAUGACCAUGCCCUCAGCAAGUGUCAGUACCUGGUCGAGCUUUGGGGCUUUCUGCUCGAUCGGUAGCACGACUAGGGUGUCGUAUGCUCGUUGAAGCAGUUUCUCUUCAUGCUGCCGUCGGAGCUCAUCAUCACUAGACCAAUUGAUGAGCUGUUGGUAGAGCUCCUCGAGCUUGCUGCUGGCAAAAACCUCUCGCUUGACGUCAAUGGUCACUUGCCCAAUCUUUGCGCCAAUUCGUGUUCGACGCUCGUUGAUUUCCUUCUUCAUCCGCUCUGCCUCUUCAGCCUCAGUCAAUUCUAUGAGUCGAGUGAGUGUAUGAGACGCUCGAGGUAUGCGUCCUUCCAGUGAGUCGUAAAUCGGACUUCCUGGAAGCAUGACUUCCAGUACCUUCUUGUUCUGCGCAGGGGUUCCAUAUUGCUUUGUAAAAGCAGUGAGCUCAUCCACCGUCGACUGAGCACGAUUCAGAUCAUCGGCCUUUGCGAAGUGCUCGGCGAUUUUGACAGCAGCGUCGCGAUAUUCGUCGACUCGCUUCGGACCUUGUGCUUUGUAAACACUCACGAGUCCUUGCCACGCUUGAGAGUCGUCUGGCUUUGCCUUCGCCGCCGACUGAUAUGUAUUGGCAGCUUCGUCAUAUUUGCUCUGCUUCUCCAGAGCACGACCAAGGAACAGUUUCGCGAAGUAAUUUUGGGGAUCUGCAGAUAAGACCGAAUUGGCGUGUUCUAUGGCCUGGUCAUACUGCUUGUUGUCCAGUGCAGCUUUUGCUGCUUUCAAUGCAGCUUUGGCCGACAUGGCCCUUCAUGGAUGUCGUGGGCAGUGCGUUCAGCGUAGUCGUUCCCUGCGACAUGUGUGUAUGGUAUGGGAUCCACGACUCGCGAG